AUGGAUACUGAUUCAUUAGGAGAUACUGUUCUUUACAGGGCAGCUCAUUAUGGAUCACUUGAUGUCAUGAAGUACUUGAUCAAUCAUCAUCACUGUGAUCCAAUGGCUACUAACAAUGAGGGUGAGACUGUUUUUCAGCACGCAGCUAAAGGUUCACCAUCACCUGAUGUGAUCAUAUAUCUAAUCAAUGAGUGUAACUGUGAUCCAAUGACUGUUGACAAGAAGGGGUGGACACCACUUCACACUGCUUCUUAUUAUGGUCGUUCUGCAGUUGUUGAAUGCUUACUAUCAACUGGUAAAUGUGAUCCAUUGGCUAAAGACAAUGAGGGGAGAACACCAUUAGAGCUAGCUAAAAACAGGCAGCAGAGAGGUGGGACUAAUACACUUCCUAUCUUUAAGAAUCAGUCAUGUGGAUGA